GUAAAAUUAUCCAGCUGACAACUUAAGAGGUUAAGAUAAAGCCCACUCUUUAUAAACCGGAUAAUUCUUCCUCUAGUCGACAAGUAGAGCGGGCAGCCAACGGGACACAUAUAGGUUGAGUAAAGUUCAGCCAUGGCAUCCCGAUUCCUGGUAUUAUUGAUUGUCGCGCUGGCGUCAUCUUCUACACUGGCCUGUCCAGUCCAGCCGCCAUGUCAGUGUAGUAACAAGACAAAUCCUUACACCCUCAAACUCGAGUACAUCGUGGAUUGUUCUAGUCUCGGACUUACCCUCGUCCCAAAGUUUACCGGUGGAGAAAAAGUUGAUAGAAUCCUUCUCAAUGGAAACAAAAUCAUCAAGGUUUCCAAUGGAAGUUUUAUCGGUGUAACAACAGGCGCGAUAGACCUAUCCUCUAAUGGUCUCCAGAUAAUCGCAGCUGGGGCUUUUGAGGGGUUGGAGAAGUCCCUGACGGACAUACAACUGAGCACAAAUAACCUCAUUCUCCCCAUACCGGGCCUCCUCCGCCUCACUGCUCUCAAAACCCUCAACCUGGACUACAACCCUAACAUGAGGACCAUCUACACCAAGUCCUUCUACGGACUCACGUCUUUGACAAAAUUGGUUUUGUCCCGAAGUUACAUCAACCGCUUUGAACAAGGGGCGUUUGAAGGGCUACCAGCGCUUACUGAUUUAGAUUUUUACGGUAACCUCUUGUCCGAAGUUCCGCCAGAAUUAAGCGUUCUGACUAAUUUACAAACGCUUAACUUCGAUGCUAAUGAUAUCAGUCAAAUCCCUGCCGAUGCCUUUAAAGGUCUACCCAACCUUAAAGAGUUACAGCUAAGUCGUAAUAAGUUUAGUGGUGCCGGUCAAAUCGAUGCUGAUGCCUUUAAGGGUCUAGACAAUUUGGAAAUACUGGGCUUUUACUACGAUAUGCUAGGACACAUUCCUAAACAAACAUUCUCACACCUCAAAAAGCUGACAAAUCUGGACAUGAGCUACAACAGCUUGACCAAAAUCUCGCUUGGUGAUUUGGCUGGCCUGAACUCCUUGACUCAACUGGACAUUAGUGGCAAUAGUGUUCAUUUCCAACCAGGUAUGUUCUCCGACGUUAGCAAGACUCUCAACUAUAUUCUCAUUAGAUCCAAUGGACUAACAGCUCUGCCUAUAGCCGCUUUGCAGGAGGUAAAAAGCCUCCAAUGGAUUGACGCAGCACUAAGUGAUUUCCCCAAAGAUCUACCCGCAAAUUUUGCUUCCGGACUUUCCAUAAACAGACUUAGUUUGAUGUGGAUGAAUCUGACCUCAAUCAGACCUGAUACGUUUAACGGUCUGGCUUCACCGUUACAUCUGGACCUGGACUCAAACGCCCUCCGCUCACUAGACUUUGUCACCGACCUCUGUCAGUUCGGUUAUAUUUCUGUCAGCGAGAACCCGAUCGUUUGUGACUGUCACGUGUACAACAUAACCCAGGCCCAGACCACCACCUUAGACGGCACGUGCGCUUCACCCCCGGCAUAUAAGGGUCUGGGUAUUAGGAGUGACGAGUUCCAGCGGAAAGCCAAAGAGGAUUGUAAAAACAAGCAUAUCGUCGGACCGGUGAAGUGUCCGUGGAAAUGAAGUAAAAAUGUUUAUGAAUGUGAGAAAAUAGAGAAACCAAGUCUGUACCAGCAAGUUUGUAGAAUAAACUGAAAACGGUUGUACUGUUGAAUUUUCUAGAAUACAUCCAGAUUCCAUCUUAGGAAUUGGGUAGCAUAUAUAUAAUAGCUUAAACUGUUGGGAUAUAUGUAAUUGCGUAAACUCUUGUCAACGUAAUUAUUACCUCCUUACAUUCUAUACUGUAUAGAGCCUUCCAUUUUUACUUCCGUAAAAUUACCAUUUGUCAUUAAAUAUGACGACUUAUAUAUGAAUUUUUUGCUGGAACAUCAGAUGGUACAAACCAAAUUGCCAAAUUCUAAACUAUCGUUGCCAUUAUACAACUACUUAACUUACCUACAACUAUGAAGGCCAAAAUGUGCAUUGCUUGUGCUAUAAUAUUAAACAGCUUCUGUGUUCCUCUUAAAAUUGUUUGUGAGAAAGCAUGCUUUGUAGAGAAAGACAUUGAUAUAGAUCCCACUUGUUUGCCAAUCUUCUCUUUGGCUCGGAAAUAAUACACAGUUUAAACUAAG